UUUUGCACAUUGAAAGACAACAGUUGACAGUAGCAAGUCACAAGAAGAUGUUGGAUUUCCCGGAUAAAUCAGAAACCCGGAACAAAACACGCUACCGAAUCAGCGGUCGUUUUUUCAAACACUUCUCCAAUAACUCGUCGAUUCAUGGACUGAAAUUCAUUACGCAAGACGGGGUUUCGUGGUUUGAACGCAUCAUGUGGAUUUUCGUUUGUUUGUGCGGAAUCCUCUUCACUUCCUUUUUCUGUUGGAAAAUUUGGCUCAAGUACGAAAACUCGUCCGUUUUCACGUCGCUCGAAUCCCCUAGAUUCCCGCUCAAUGACAACCCAUUCCCGGCAGUGACUAUUUGCAGUGUCAACAAAAUAUCAGAGAAAAGAUUACGCUUCGCCCUCCUUGAUCCAAGGUACAAGAAUGUUUCGUUUGCUACCAUUCAAAGGACGCUAAGGUACAUGACAAAACUAGAUCGAGCCACAAAGAAAGAACAUGAUUUAGGAGUCUUGAGUCGCUUCUACAAAUCGGAGAACAUAACAGCAACCGAUUUGUUCGAUUUACUUAAAAGGACUGCACCCCAUUGUCGGGAUUUUGUCAUGGACUGCAUAUGGCAAGGGAUCCCAGAUAAAUGCAACGAUUAUUUAUCCUACCGUCCUACUGAUGAUGGAAUGUGCUGCACUUUCAACGGAGCUUACUACAACGACCAGCAACUGGGAAUCCAAUCCAGAAAUUACCAGCCGUUACAAAUCGAUGGAAAUGGAUACCGAAUGGGUCUCUCUUUAGUACUGGAUGCUAACGUAAAUGAUUACAGUGUAACUAACGGCAAGUUUGACGGCUUCAAGGUACUUGUUCACGACGGUGAACAGUUUCCGGACAUAUCUGAUCGCGGCUUUGCCCUGGGUGUUGGAACCGAAACGUUCGCCGGACUCAAAGGGAUUUCCACUGUGAUCUCUAAUCAGGCGGUCUCUACAGUGCCACAUAAGAAGCGUGGUUGUGUUGUUGACGGGGAAGUACAAUUGAAUUACUUCACACGGUACAGUCAGUCGGCCUGUGUCGCCGAAUGCACCACACGGAAAAUGCAGAAGCUUUGCAACUGUCGGCCUUACUUCUUCCGAGCUGAAGAAUCAGUUCCGCUAUGUGAUGUGGAAAAUUAUUCCUGCAUCUCCGAGGUUUAUGAGGAAAUACGGCGGAACGGAAUAAAUACGUGUGGGUGUUUGCCCCAGUGCAAUGACCAGUGGUUCGAACCAGAAAUAUCUCAAACCAGCUUCCCAGGACGAGGCUUUAAUUCGUCCCGUACCUUCACUCGUUUGGCAGAAAAACUAAAUCUAGAACCUGAUCUCCAGUAUUUCAAGUCAAACGUGGCAGUCCUACACGUUUAUUUCAAGGAGAAGACAAGUUUCCUAUACAAGACCGACAUUCACUACGGAAUCGAGGACUUUAUUUCGGCUGUGGGCGGUAUCUUAAGCCUGGGCUUAGGCAUGAGCUUCAUUGGUGCCGUCGAGUUGCUAUACUAUCUGUUCUUUAGAUGCUACGUCCCUGUACUGUCUUCCUCACAGGAAAGGUCAAGUGAAAACUCGACGGAAGAUCCUCUUCCACUUUCUUAUCGCUCGGAAAAAGACAACAGAUCGCUACAUUCAUCAAGUAACUCGCCAAAUUCUUCUACAUUGAACCUUUCCGAUUCACAGCUCGAAGAAGCGAUAACAAAGCCAGAAAAUGUUAAAAUGGUCGAGAUUGCUCUAGAUUAG